GCAUCAAAUGCUAAGGUCAACAAACACAAGUCCAUUUUGAUCCCACUUACAGAAAAUGCUUGCAGAAUUCAAUUAAAAGAAGCAGAACUACUGCAAGUACACGAUGCUGAUAAACCUCUAACAAUCCUGAGAUAUAAAGCAGAUAUUAUUGGCAACCACCUCUCAAUGCGAAACCUCUCACUUAAAGGGAAAAUUUUGCAGAAAACAACUCAACGAAAUCAAUACAAUCAUUUCAAACUAGACCAAAAACAAAUCAAAGAUGCUUCCUCAAUACUUAACUUUUCAACUAAGUUGAGAAAAAGAAGGACUAGAAGCUUCAGUUUUAAAAGUUAUGCUAGACUCAAUACUGGAAUUCAGAACAAAAGAAAUAUAUCAAUUAAGGCAGUAUUCAUCGCACAAAAUAUAAAGCUAAAAGGAUGGCCUGACAGAUGGAAACCUUAUCUAAAGGCAUGGAUUAGAACUAAAGGACAAGUGGUAGCAACGAACAAUUGGCUUUGGCCUCUAGAAGACCUAAAAAUAGAACAAGCCACAGCUGACAAUUACUCAGUUAAGAUAUAUAUAGAGGCCCUACGCAAGGAACUACCAUCAGCUCCUACUUUGUUGCUCAAUGCAGAAACUCCACAAUAG